AUGCUGGCAUGGCAGGACGGCGGGGCCAAGGCGGCUCCCUCCCACCACAAGAUCUCCUUCUCUGUCCUGGACAUCCUGGAUCCGCAGAAAUUCACCCGCGCUGCGCUCCCGGCCGUGCGCCCUGCUCCCCGGGAAGCCAAGAAAAGUUUGGCAGAGGCCGAAGCGGGGAAGGACGCCAGCCCAGGGGACUCAACUCGGCAGCGGGAGACCUCUGACGCUGAGGAUCGCGGCGCGGGCGCGUCGUCCCCCUUGGAGGGCUCGGAGGCCGAGGAGGCGGAGGAGGAGGAGGAGGAGGAAGCCGAGGACGCGGGCCAGCGGCGGCCGCAGGAGCGCGCUGCGCGCCUGCAAGUGGACCCGGCGCGCUCCCCCGAGUCCCGGGAGGCGGCGUUGGCGGCGGGGGAGCGGGGCACCCGCGGGCUCGCGGGCUCCCCGGGUUCGCCCGGCUCCCCGCGGCCCCGGCGCCGGCGCGCCGAGCCCCGCAGCGCCAAGCCGAGGCGCGCGCGCACCGCCUUCACCUAUGAGCAGCUGGUGGCUUUGGAGAACAAGUUCCGGGCCACGCGCUACCUGUCGGUGUGUGAGCGCCUGAACCUCGCGCUGUCGCUCAGCCUCACUGAGACGCAGGUCAAAAUCUGGUUCCAGAACCGCAGGACCAAGUGGAAGAAGCAGAACCCCGGCGCCGACGGUGCGGCGCAGGCGGGGAGCGGCGCGCCCCAGCCCGGGGCCCCCGGGACGGCCGCUGGAGCGGGCGGCGGCGGCGGCGCGGGGGGCAGUCCCGGACCCCCGGGCCCGGGCGCACUGCCUUUCCAGACUUUCCCCUCCUACUCGGCGGCCAACGUCCUCUUUCCGGCCGCCACCUCCUUCCCGCCAACGGCCGCAGCCGCCGCGGGCCCCUUUGCGUCCUUCCUCGGGCCCUCCUACCUGACCCCUUUCUACGCUCCGCACCUAUGA